UGAGGCUGGGAAUCACGUGGCUUGUCCCCUGAUCAGCUAAAAUACAACACCGUUUUUUUUCUGAUAACACGUGGUCUUAAAGUUUUUUUUGUAGCCCCCAAUGUGAUCAGUCUGAUCCAAACCCAGUGAAGACGAACAAUGAGCCCGCAACCUUCCUUGUAAAUCUUUGAGAGCGCACCAUGCAUAGGACGGCACACGUGCGCGCGCACACGCAUGCUGCGCACACACAAUUCACUUGUGGCAGACUGACGCACACUCCUAAAAUAAUAAGCCAUGCAAAUAAGAGCGCAUAGUCCGAUGCGGAGAGCAUAUGGCGUAAGUGCGCAAAACCACGCAACGCCGGCUUGAUGGAUUGUGAGAGUGUAGGCAAAGAAAGUGUUCUGGUAUAUUCGCCACUUCGAUGAGCAACAAACGAGAGAAGAGCCCGGUACACAACUCUCCCAGCGGACGAUGCCUUUCCCAACUCGGGAGAAAAGCAAAGGGGAGACCGGACGGGCAAAGCACGGACCUUUGGAGAGCGACGACAGGGAGAGAGCGGCAGUCGGACGUCUCAUGUGCGCUCUGGAGAUGGAGAUGACAAACCGCAGCCUGCACGGCAAUUCCAAAGUGGAUUGUGUGAGCUGCGAUGGCUUGAACAACCGAACCUGCGGGGACUCGGCAGAAGUGUCCGUACCACUGUCACUUCCCGGGAAGCGGAUUAAUCACAUGGAGGGAGACGACCUCUACAGACUGCGAGACAGAAAGUUUUUAUUGGAGGAUAAGAAGCGCCUUUGCGCGCUGGCUUUGGGCACCGCUCUGCUGGGGAUACUGCUCAUGAUAAUCCACGCCGAAAUAUGCCCAUAUGUUUAUACACCGGGCUCAAAAAUCGCCUUAAUCAUCAACUGUUCCAUCAGCCUGUCCACUGGGUGCCUCCUGAUCCUCAUUAUAGCUUUCCAUUAUAAGGACAUCAGGCUCUUCAUCAUUGACCACAACCAGGUGGACUGGCGUAUUGCCAUGACCAGGCGCAGGGUUCUUGUGAUCACCCUGGAGCUGCUGGUCUGUGUCAUCCAUCCUGUUGGAUCCUACUGGGAGGUGGGCCUCCAGGUCAACACCUCUUACUCAGCUCCACUCUGUGUUUCCAACCACCACGGCGAGGACCUGUUGAACAUGGAGCUGCUGUUGUCAGUGCUGAUGUUCCUCCGCUUGUACUUGGUGCACCGAGCCAUCCUGCUGCACAGCAAAGUGCUGCUGAGCGCCUCCUACAGGAGCAUAGGCUCACUCAACAACAUCAACUUCACCUUCCGCUUUGUUCUCAAGGUACUGAUGAACAAGCAUCCGGCCCGUACACUGCUGGUCUUCAUCCUUCUCUUCUGGCUCACUGCGUCCUGGAUGCUUACUCUCUGUGAGAGGCAAUCCCAAACAUCAACGGGCCACAUGGAUACAGCUCUGUGGCUCAUAGCCAUCACUUUCCUCACAGUGGGCUACGGCGAUGUAGCACCCAAAACCAGCUGUGGCAAGGUGGUGUGUCUCUUCACUGGAGUCAUGGGUGUAGCCUGCACCGCCAUGCUGGUGGCAAUCGUUACAGAGAAGCUGGCACUGAACAAAGGAGAGAAACAUGUGCACUUCUUCAUGCUGGACAUCCAGAUUUCUAAAAGGAUCCGCCACGCCGCCGCUAACGUCCUCAGAGAGUGCUGGCUGCUGCACCGCGCUAACCUGACGAAAGGCAACCGCGGCGAGCACCGAAGACACCAGAGGUGCCUUCUGGAAGCCAUCCGAGUAUUUCGGCAUUUACGCCUCAAACAAAGAAAACUGAGGGAUUACGUGAGCGAGAUGGUGGACCUCCCCAAGAUGCAGAUGAUCAUGUGCGACCUCAGCGCCAACUGGAAUAACUCUUACAGGGAGCUGGAGCAGCGUAUCCUCUCGAUGGAACAGAAGCUGGACGAGCUGAGUCGCUGCUUCCAACAAACCUCUGAGCUGCUGUCUCAGGUCCUACGUCACCGCAACCCGGAGAUCAGGUGACAUGGCUACAUGCUCUCGUCGAAGACUCCCUGUAGUGUUUUCAUCUACAGUAUCCACGAGUCCUGUCCAACCAGAGCUGCUUCAGACUCUCAACAUGCUGAACCACUUGGAGGACUGGCAUACACACUUAAGAUCUCAUCGCCUGGCCCAGUGCUAAGUGCAAUGCACAAUGACUCACUGCUGAAGAUAAAAUAAGGCCUCCACUGCGGGAGAAAAUGAAGAGUGCAUUUUGAGACAUCUGUUUUCAGCUGAUGUAUUUGCGACUGCGCCAAAAUGAGUUAAUCUCAAACAAGGAGCGUGGAGAAUCUCGUGGUCCACAAUGUCGAACGCGCUCUAAACCAGCUAUUCUUAAUUCAUCAACUCCCUCACUGACUCAUUCCUGUGGAAUAAGAUAUACUGUAUACAUUUUUUACGUGUUAAUUUCAACUCUUUUGCAAUGUUUUGCAGUGUCUUAGAAAAAAAAAAAAAAAAACCUCUCAUGAAUCCUUUUUGCGCCUACGCAGGUAGUUCAGUACUUAGUACAUUUGAUUAUUGUUUGCAAACCAGCUUAAUAUGAUACAGUGUAUAACAAUUCCUACUUAUUCUGCUUUCCUCUGAAGCUCCAGUUAAAUAAGAAAUGAAAUUACACAUUCGGAUGGUCGAUACAGAGAAGAAACCCAGUUCAAGUAUUUUGGAAAGAAACCUUUAUUUUAAACUAUAGAUCCAUGGGAUUUCAAAGAAACUCAUAGAUUAAUGUCUACACUGACGUUUGUAAUCGCGUGAUGCAGGAAAAGCAUCUGACAGUUUGCACCUGUUGAAAACAACGAAAGAGCCCACACUGCCCUGUUGGCUGAAUCGACUACUCCACCUAGUGGACAACACUUAAGUAGACAACAUGUUAAAUUAAAAUGAUCACAAUUACGUAACUUUUAAAAAAAAAAAAAAUAAUCAUAGACAAUGUCAUAUGCUAUUGCCAACCUAAAUAUCAAAACCUCAUCGGCG